CACUCGGCAAGUGUGUAGCCUUUAUUCAUUUUAGACAUCCAGCAAUUUACUUAUUGAAGGAACGCUUUUGAAACAAAACACACUGAAACUACAGCACAGCACAGUCCUUAUUUCCUGGAUGACCAUAAGCAGUGCUUAGAUCAUAUGCCUUGAGGUUUAAAAUCUAUAUCUACAUUCAAUUUAAAAAACACCUCUGGUCUGAGGCGGGUCCAGAGGUCUGUAUUCCUGUCCUCCCACCUCGGUAUUAGGGGGAUUCUUCUCUAAGCAUGGCGCUUUCAACCUCAAAGCUCAGUAAGGGGAAAAUCGGUACCCACACUCUCCUAACACUUACCAUCCCUCGGAAUAGCUGGACGGAGGUGACGCGUGGCCGCAGCACCCCAUCAUCACAGUUAGAGUCUCUGAUGGCAUGAACGCGGGCCUCCGCAUGAGCCUGCCCCUGGGGCCUGGCGGUCCCUGCGGUGUGGACGGGCUCCCGCCACUGCCGUCGGAGGCCGAGGAGACUGUCUCUGUUGGCAGCUGCUUUGCCUCAGAGGACACAGCGGAGGACUCGGGAGUGAUGAGUUCCCCCUCGGACAUCGUGUCCCUGGAUUCCCAGCACGACAGCACGAAAUCCAAAGACAAGUGGGCCACAGACCAGGAAGACUCCAGCGAUCAGGACCUGGCUGGGACCCCCGAACCGGGCCCCCAGAAGACCCCCUCGUGGGAGAGGAGUGGCUCCGGGAGCUGGCGUCCAAGAAAUGGAAAAGUUGCUCCAGCCUCACACGAGGAUGAAGACCUAUUCAUGACUGGCCAGUUCCAGAAAACCCUUGCAGAACUGGACGAAGAGCUGGAAGAAAUCGAAGAAAGCUAUGAAACCGACUCGAGCUUCCUCACCAACUGCGUACACAGCAUGUCCGGUCGCUGCCUGCAAGGCACCGUCAUCCCCGACGGCGAUACCGAGGCAAUCCCGGUGACAUUCAUAGGGGAGGUUCUCGAUGAUCCCGUGGACUCGGGGGCAUUUACCAACAGAAACAACAACGCUGGCUCUUUCGACGCCGGGAGCGCGGCCAGCAAGAAGGCCCAGCUGCCGCCGUGCCAGGCCAAGCACAGCCCGCAGCACGGGCAGAGGAGGGCGGCGGGGCCGGGCUCACCCGCUCCUUCCCAGGACCCUGCGAGAGAAAUCAGGGUGGCCUCGACCAACACCUGGAAGGAUGUGAGUCCCAGUGAACUGGCGCCCAAGGCAACUCCUGCUUCAACGCUUCACACGCACGACCUGAACGCAAAGGAGGAAGGCAAGGCGGCCGGCUCUGCUCAUGGCGGGAGGGCCCUGGCCACCAGGAGGGUGAGCGCGCAGCCAGGGAAGGAAAAGGAAGGAGACGAUACAAAUGACGUCUGGGCACCCCUGCCGCGGUAUCGCGGCCAACACCCAGGGGGGAGUUACGGGCUUAAAUAUGGCCUCACAACGUAUAAAAUCGUCCCUCCAAAGUCAGAGAUGAAGUGUUAUGACCGGGGAGCAUCCCUCUCCACGGGUGCCAUCAAGAUCGACGAGCUAGGCAACCUGGUGAGUCCCCACACGAAUGCCGGCAGGACCAUAGUCCCGACCUCACCCGCUCUGGAAGCAGAAGCCCCGCCCAUUGGAAAAGUCAAAGAAUUCUGGAGGUCCAACUCUAUAGAAAAACACUCUAGCCGGCCCACAGAGGGGGCCAAGAGGACCUCUGCCCCCACCACGCCCACGAAUCCGCAACCUCAAGAAAGCAGACUCAGAGCGGAGCCCACUUCCCCAGACCCCAAAGCGGCAUCGCCCCGGCCCCAGUCCCCCCACCCAGAAGAUGGGAGACCUCUGGAGGAGGGCAGAAGCUGGCCACUCCCAGCAGCUGCUUGUCCCCUGAAAGUGCCAGCAGCUAACACCGCAGAAGUCCCGUUUCUCAAACCUCAGAGAAGAACAUCCAGCCAGUACGUGGCCUCUGCCAUUGCCAAGCGGAUAGGGACCCCGAAAGUCCACACUGACGUGGAGAGGAAGCCUGAUGAUGCCCAGAAGACAUGUGAAGGCAGAGCGCCAGAGCCAACUGGACGACCUCCCACGAUGAAGGAUGGUACCACCCCCAGCCUGUCCCCCGAGACAGGCAUGCGCCACACUGGGGACGAAUGGGCAGCGGGAGCCGCCCCCGGAGGGCAAGUCAGCAGCCCUUCUGGGGAGCUGUCCGCUCAAGAUGGCCCCGCUGGCACCCACAGAACUUCCCACGGACCGCUGAUCACAGCUGCCCAGAGGGCUCAGGCUUCUGUGGGACAGAGCUGUGGGCUCAGCGGAAAGCAAAGCCUGGGGAAACACGGGAGCAGCUCGGCAUCUGAUCCCAGGUGCCAGCCGGCCGGCACGAGCCCCCCUCCCCCUCGCUCAGGAGGGGGCCAGACUCCAGGCAGUGCCCUGCUCAAUGGCUCCAGCUGGGUCUCCGUCCACAAAGAGCCUCUCCACUCUCCGAGAGUGGCUGACGCAAGCAGCCACGCUGGACGGGAGCCCGCAGAAUGGGAGGAAAAGCCGGGUUUCUCAAGCACGGAUGUACCUGAGGCCGAUGGUACCCUGCCAGCCAGUAUCUUUGGGCCAAAGAAGAAAUUCAGACCUGUGGUCCAGAGGCCAGCCCCGAAAGACACAUCCCUGCACAGCACCCUGAUGGAGGCCAUCCACUCGGCGGGAGGCAAGGACAGGCUUCGCAAGACUCCAGAACCCGGCUCAGAGGGAGGUCCGAAGAAACCAUGCUACACAGAGGCAGACAGCGAGCGCUCAGCCCUGCUGGCAGCCAUCCGUGGGCACAGUGGCACCUGCAGCCUGAGGAAGGUGACGUCCUCCGCCUCUGAGGAGCUCCAGAGCCUCCGCGAUGCCGUCCUGUCUGCACAUGGGGCAGAACCCCCGGGGCUAGAAGAGCUUGGGAUCCAGUCCCCACCCGCCCUGCCGCCGCCGCCGCCGCCCCCGCCCCCUCCAGUCACCCAGGCUCCCACCGUAUCCCGGACGGCGUCCAGGUCCAGCUCGGGCCCCCUCAGCAACCCAGUGGACGCCAGGCAGGCCCUGAUGGACGCCAUCCGCUCAGGCACAGGGGCCGCGAGGUUGAGGAAGGUGGAACCCAGGGAUGCCCGUCACCGCUGCAGUGACCCCUCAGGGCCCCCGUGGGUGCGGCUCCCGACACCCGGAAGGAAAACGUUUCACCUGCUAGUUUGACCAGCUAGUUCCCAGUCGUCCUGCAUGUUCCUGGAUUAACCUCAAGCCCCCAGAAAGUCUGCCGCAGCCCCCAGGCUGGGGGAGGUUCCCCAUCAGAGCAUCACCUCAUUUCCCCCCGUAACCACGUCGCAGCCUAAUGUCAGUAGUGCUCCGUGUAGCUGCUGCCACACCGUGGGCUCCAGCAGGUCCCCGCACCUUGCGCAGCCCCAGACACGCAGUGGGUGCUCAGCAACUACCCUCUGGGGGAAGGGAGAGAGGGCGCCCGUUCUUUGCCACCGCGUUGCCCGGCUCUCCAGACCAGUGGCCAGUGCAACUUGGCGCCCCCGAGCUGCUUAGAACGCGUGUCUUUCCUGAUCGUGACAAACCUGCCAAGAAUCCGCUUCACGCUGGAAGAAACCACCCUCUUGUCCUCUGGAGAAUAGGUUCCGGACAUCUCCAGUCUUCUGACAACGGUCCCACUCCCGUUCUGCAAAGCUGGCUGACGGCUGCCUGGCUGGGUCCCCUGGGAGACCCUUAGCACCCCAGGAACUCAUCUGUCUGGGUGGAAAGAAGGCACCUGAAGGGACCUGCUUCCUGACAACUUCUUUCCUCCCCCUGGACACCAGCCCUCUGUCACCACUGUUCAUUUUACCUUUUCCCGUAUGAACAUCAUUUUCCUUGGCAGGUGAGGAAGCAGAAUUAAGCGUGGAUAUUUUUUCAGCUUUCUGACUUGGCCUCAAACUGCAAGCUUUGUCCCUUCUUUGAUGUGCUUCUUGUCCAACCAAAAUAAGAGAGAAUCUUUCAGGAAGCUUGAAACCUUUGGGAUGCCGGGAACCCUUCCAGUGUUUUCCUUCCGAGCUGCGCCUGGCAGCACGCCCUCCCCCCCCCCCGGGGGUUGCCCUCUGUCCUCCUUGGCCACCUGAAUUUGGUCACACCCAUCCCGGGGCAGGUCCACCGGUCAUGUGAGUGGGCGCUGGGCAGUAGAACGCUCCCCUGCCCCAACCUGAGUAGCGAUCACUUACCAGCGUGGCUUUACGCUUGGGGGACACUAAUGGCCAUCAGUGUGGUUUAUGCUACCUUGUGGCCAAUUCCAUCACCAAGCUGUCUUUGUUGAAUUGUCCAAGUCAGAGCUGUUUAAGGCUGUCCUCCUUCAGUUUCCCUCUUGACACCAAAGUUGAGGAGGUCUCCUUUUCCUUCCUAGGUAUUUUCGUAGUUUACUGAGAACUUUUACAGUCUGCGUGCAGCCAUCAUGUUGCUGACAGUGGUGAUGAGAGCACCUUCUAGGUCUCAACCAGCCAGGGAUUCAAAUACCCACCCCAGCCCGGGUCUUCUGCACCAGCGACACGCAGCUUGCCAGGCUGCUGUGAAGCAGGCUCGCUGCCAGGAGAGCAGGCGACGUCCAGCCCCUGCUUCCUCCACUCGCCUGCCCUGUAGCUCCCCUCGCUGGGUCACAGUCCCACCUACCACCCCUCUGUGUCCCGGGAAGUUUACCUUAGCACCUUGGAACCGCCUUCCGAAAGUGGCUCCUCCCAGUCGGGCCAGGCUCUAGGGGACCGAGGCGUGCAGGAUGUCUCCUGCCUCACCCCCAAACCUCCGUUCAGUUGUCAUCUCAUCCUGGCCGCCAGGACGCUGGUGCUGGGAGGAGAUGAAGUGAUGGUGGUGCUGGUGACAACGCGAUGAGGCCUACCUCGAGCCUCACCGGGAGGGUCUGUAGUGCAAACCCCAUCAUCCCCAUUUACCGGGGAAGGAGGGGGCACCCCCUCCCUGAGACUCGCCCAGCCCAGAUGCAAAGUCAGCAUAUCCAUACAAUGAAUUACUACCCAGCGAUAAAGGGAAUGUACACGCAACAGCAUCGAUGAAUCGCAAAAUAAUUACGCUGAGUGAAAGAAGCCAGGCCAAAGAUAAAUAAAUAUAUGUCAAAACAUGUCAAGUUUUACACUUUAAAUGCGUGCAGUUUAUCGUAUAUCGAGUAAUGUGUUAAAGCAAUAACAGUAAAGGUACAUUUUCAAACUUCCUCCUCCGCCUCCCAUGGACCCGACCCCACCACUGCCUAGCUCUUUGCUUCCCUUCACUGUAGCUUCCAGAUGUCCUGCCCACUCACACUGUUGCGUUUCCCCAGCAUCCACUGCCCGCCGGCCCCCUCCUGGCCCCUCUCAGAACCACCCUCGUCAAGGUCACAACGCUGCUCGUGCCCUUGGAUGCAAGAAGAGCGCCCUUUAUUCUCCUGACCCUUUUCAAAGGUCAGGAAGUGGGACACACGUACUGUUAACAGGACGCUGGCUGCCUUUUCCAGUAACAGGCUCAAUCUGUUCUUCUCUGCCCGACACACACACUCCUUUCCCUGUUUCUUGGCCAUUCUGUAGCAAACUGAUGGUGCUUUUCCAAACUGACAAUUAAAAUCUUUGUUUUGAAGUUAGAGGUGUGUCACUUCUAAAGGUGUCUAGAGUUUGAAGAAAAACCCGCUGAAAACGUAACUAACAUAAUGCUUAAACGUAGGCUCAUCUGUGUUUCCCACCCUCGGGGCCCCCUGGUUCCCGUUGCACUGUUUGCUGUCCUCACGUGCGUCCUCGUGGACGCACUCUCCCCGCGGCUCGGCAAGCGCGCUGCACGUUUCCCCUGCCCCGCUGGCCACGUUCUGAGCCUCCUCUGCCCACGGCUGCACGCGGCCCUGGAGAGUGUCCCCAGACCUCUUGUCUUCCAAAUCUCCUCACUCUCCCAGGCAGACCCUUCACCGUCCGGACCGCUGGCCCCCAACCGCACCUCCACCGGAAGCUGCCCUGUGCGUGGGACACGAAUCAUCAGUGCCCUCCUUGACGUCCACCGCGUGUGUCCCAGGGGCUCCAUCCAGAUCAGCAGGUCCGGUCUCCUCCCUCCACGGCCCCAAACUGCACGUCUCGUCCCGUUUCAUUUCUCAGCUGGUGGGGGCGCCCCUGCAGCCAAGGAGACACUGACGGGCCGGUGUGCUCCUAAGAAACGAGCGGGUGGAGCCCUGCAGUCGUGGUCGCGGCCUGGGGUCACGUUCUCUCCUCAGAUGAGCCCGCUGGGUAUUGCUGCUUACUACCCUCUGGUCCAGGCCCAGACGGCGCUCUACACCCCGGUUCCCCCACCUUUAUGUUGGAGGCAGUACGCACAGUGAUAACAGUGGCAAUAACGCGUCGGUGAUUGAGCUGAGCUGAAGUUUUCAUGCGAUGAGACUCCUGGAGGGCUUGAAAUGGUGCCCGACACACCGUAAGCGCACAGGAAGUAUCCCAGGUGCUGUGCGGUGUGGGCGUCCUGAGAAAUCCGCCUGGGUCCUUGGAUGUUGGCUCUGAUAACGCACUGAAAAGUGGGACUAGAUGCCCAGCUCCCAGCGUUGUUCCGUUUAGGAUGUGCUGAACUCGGUGGAACCACCGUGAGAAAUCCAGUGCUCCGUUCACAUGGUUUCCCGUGAAUCUGUCGCUUUUCUUAAAAACGCUGUUCACCUUGGCCUUCGGAGGCGCGGAGCUGUUUCCUUCAAGAUUCCGCAGUCACGUUUCCCGCAGCUGGGCCUCCCAGGGGCGUGCAGGCCUGGACCCAGAGAGGCAGGGUGAGCUCACGCGUCGAGUGGGCCGGGAACGGGCGGGUUUGCAGUCGCCGCUUGCAGCCACCCCCGCUCACCGGCACCCAGCCAGUCCUGCUCCCGGGGACGGGAUGGGGAUUGGUGCCGUGGUUCCGGCCCCAGAGUCCCCACACCAGCCGUGAGAGACACGGCUGCUGGGAGACCACAGCGGGCCAGGUAACCCACAACGCGAGGGGGCGACUGGAUCUGCCCACCCAGGUCUGGAAGCAGGAAUGACUUCUGCCAAGAGAUGGUCGGAACGCUUCUUGAAGGAGGAGUCCUCGUCUUGCAGCAGGAAAGGGGGCAUCCGCGAAGGAGAAACCCCACGUGCAGAGGCCGACCCAGAAGAGGGACCCCUGACAGACUCGGAGACUGGGAGGGAGCCGAGAGGGGGCCGGGGCUGGGGCCGGCUGACGGCUCUGGGAGAAGCACAGAGACCUGCAGACACGUCUUAGACCCUCCAUCAGUUCCCCAUGUUCUUUCCUGAAGGCAGUAGCCGGUCCCUGGAGGCAUUCAGGCGUGUUGUUUGUGUUUCCGAGAGCCUUCUCCUUGGGGCUAGAAGUUUGAUGGGUACGGUGUAAACGCUCGUUGUGCUGGGAAAGGAAUGUUGCAAAGGAGGGAUUGGCGCCCAGGCCCUCGGCACCCGGCUACCCGCGCCCUGGGCUCGGCCGCACGCCCUGAGUAACCGUGGUUCUCUCUUCGCUGCAGGUGCCCUUGCUCGUGUGAAUCCGCACCAAGAUGCGACGGUGGCAGAAACCCCCCUGCAGGCUGCUCACCACUCGCGAGCAUCGCCCGGCAGGGGACGUGGGGAUCUGGCGGCUUCCUGGUCUCCAGGCCAAAACCCGCCUCGUUGACUCUCAGUCUGUAUCACGGUUCAAAGGGACGGGGAUGCCACUCUGCCACGCGGCUUGUGCCAAGCAAAUGUAUUUGCCUCUGAAUAUUUACAGUUGCCAAUAAACUGUUCUUGUUGGCAGGUUAAUGGGACUGUAAACGCUGGAGCCCAACACGCUUAAUUACAUUGAUAGACAAAGUGGAGAGAAUCAUAUGCCUUGGACCGAUUUGGGACCUUGGAGACUUACCACAUGCAGAUGGCGAAAACCAUCUAGUUGUUGAAAAUCUUUCUGAAUUCUAGGGAAAGUAUACAAAUCAAUGGAAACGGUCUGAAUGUCAUACGCUACUUGAUGUAAGAAAAAAGAGUUGGGAGGCUUUUUCAAAGGUGACUUCACUGAGCAGUGAAAGUAGUGGAUCCUUAUUCCUCAAACACUUGGGGUGAAAGAGCCCCAUGGAGGGUGGCAGACCACCGUCUGACCCACUAAAGCUCUUAAAAAUCAACCAUGAUCACCCAGAAUAACAAUCAAACGUGAUGUAUGAACAUGGCAGGUCUGAGUUCUCCUGAGGCGUUGGCUGAGGUCAGAAGGACGGUGGCGUGGAUGGCGGUGCCCACCUGGACGGCUGUCCCCCAGCGGGCUGUGAUGUAGCGCGGCCCUCCCCAGCUGAGGGCUGAGCACGGAGCCCGGGGGCUGCCCUGGGAGCCUUAGAAGUCCUCUGCGGGGCAGAAGCGUGGAUGCUGGGUGUCUGCAUGUUGUCGGAUCAGAUCAAAAUUGUGCCGAUGUUUCACGGUGUGGGUUCGGUCUCCAUGCUUUUGCCCAGCAGGUGAGCGGCUGCUGUGGAUCACGUGGCAGCCUUUUCAGAGCACACAGCACCCGGUCCCUGGUAUUUAACUUAGAGGUCAACUGCGGCUGUAGAAAAAGCUCUUUAAGAGAUUACUAGAAAUCAAGAGGAGUUCCUGAAAUAAAAUUUCUGUCUUAAUGAAGCAACAAAUAUGGCGGGAUCCUUCGAACGUUUCACGAUUUCAGAGCCGGGCGUCACGUAGGACGGAAACUGCUCUGUGUUGUCUGCUGAAUGCCACUCACCUUCCCCAGGGCGGCCAGGGCAUCCAGCCAAUCGCUCUCACACCGCACUGUCUCUACUGUUGGUCUUUUAGUGCCACAAAUAAAAGAAAAUGAAAGUGUAGCCUUCGUGUGGAUUUCAUGACUUCAUACCGCCGUUUGUUUGGAUACCCUAUGCCCAAGAUAGAAAGGAGACAUUCGUUUAUUCAGUCGGUACGUAGGACUGCUUGCUACCCUGUCCUGGGCACCUGUUAACAGCAGAUACCAAAACAGACAGGA